AUGCGACAGGCUACCGACUGCGACGAACGGUCGUCGUUGAGGUUCCAACCGCUACUUCAGGGCCGGACGCACCGCGUACGGCAGCGGGCGAACAAUCCAGCGGCAAGAACAAAGCUCGUGCCGCACCGGUGUCGCCAACACGGCUUGCAAGACCACCAACGCCGCGUACCGGCGGCGGCGUUGCGAGCGGCGACCUUCUCCGGGUCGCCGACCACCGACCGGCGAAAUCGCAACAGCAACGCGAAGCAGGUUGCCGGAGUUUUGUCGACGGCUGGAGGCCGAUUUUCUCGCCUCUUUGCCGCCGCCGACCCUUCGUCGGCGGCGGAGCCGGCGGAAGAAGGAGACGCGUCCACCCCUGAAACCCCGCUUCCGCCAGCCGCAGCAGCCGUCAGGAGCGACGCGAACGGCAAGAGCGUAAGCCCGGGUGCAUCGGACGCGGCCACCGGCCAAACGGGGGGCGAGGCGGGAGCAGCGGCGGCGGCGGCGGCGGCAGUGUCUGUAGAGAAUAAGGGUACGGGCGGGGGGCGGGGGGGAGGGAAGGGGGUGGCUGUCACGGAGGGAGAGAGAAAACAGACCGCUGGACCUCCGGCGUGGGCUCCGCGAUGGGCGGUGCACAUGCACCCGGCGGGGCAGGCGACGCUGAGCAUCGGGCUGUAUUUUUUUCACAUGCUGCACCUUUCCAAGUCCGGUCUCACCUUCCCGAUCCAGCUCAUCCCGAACAACCACGGGCUCUUCCAUUCGGUGGGUUUGGACACAGCGGCAGGAUUCGCGGUCCUCGGGGUAGCGGCCUGGUCACGCCUAAGGUCGGGGCUGCCGUUGUUUCCUCCCCUUGGCGGCAGAGGCGUCGAAGGGAAAGGGAAAGGGGGGGGUAAAGCGGGAGCCAAGAGUGGCGCCCGGGAGAGGGUGAAGGUCCCGUGGAAGCUAGAGGGGGCUCGGGUUAAGAAGAAGCUCCCCCUGACGUUUACGGUGCUGAUAUUUGCCUAUUUUCUGUCGGGGCUCGGGUCGACGGUCUGCGAGUACCUGCUGUAUGGUCUCAGCUACCUGGGGGUCGGGAUGAGCGUGGCCAUGCACAGGUCGCUGCAGGUGCUGCUGAGUCACCUGGUGUGGGUCUACAUGGGCGUUAGGAUCCUGAGCAUGGCGGUGAGGUCGUUCUUCGACACGGAAAAGGGGUCGUGGGUCGGAAUGAAGUGGCGAUCCAACUGGCUGUGGUGGGUGGUCGGAGGCUACUUUGUGUCUUCGUCGCUGUUCAACAUGGCCGACCUGGCGAAUCAGUUCCUGUGCCCCCUGCCGCCAGACACGGAGUCGGUGGUUGUGAAGAUCAUCAACCCUGAAAAUAACGACAUCGCGGCGAUGGCCGUGGGCUCAAUCGCGCCGUGUAUGACGGCGCCCUGGUGGGAGGAAGUGCUCUAUCGUGGGUUUUUGUUACCCGCCCUGACGCUGUAUCUGCCCCUGAAGGCCGCGCUACCGGCAGGGUCUUUCCUCUUCGCGGCGCAUCACAUGAACCUACAGGCUAUGCUUCCUCUCAGCGUUCUAGGGCUGGUGUGGUCCCUCCUCUACCUUUACUCUGGGAACCUGUUGGUGACCGUCCUUAUCCACGCCAUGUGGAACAGCAGAGUUUUUCUAGGGUCCUUGCUGGGCUUGUAGUAUCCGGCGAGCAGCUCGGAGUUGGCGCGAUAUGUUGCUUCUUUUUCGUACGGGGAGGGGUAGGCGCUGCUCACUCGCCGCGUGCCUUUCGUCCAUGUGUAACGUUGA